AUGGUAUGCCCGCAUUGCCUUCGUGUCAGUAACGAUGAUGUGAACAUUCCAUGUCAGAGGCUGGAUAUAAAUCAAGAGAUUAAGGUUCUAGACAUUUUUGAUGACAAAGAGUUGCUCAAGCUUGCAAUUAGAAGACAAUGCAUGGAACAAGGCAAGGGGAAUCAAAUCGACUACUCUUUCCAAGUCACAAAAGUUGUUGACCAACACACUUGUUGUGCAACAAACUUGGAGUCUAAUCAUCGAAAAUCAAAGAAAAAGGUACUCGACCACUUUAUUGCUGGAGUAUUGGCUGGAGAUUAUAAUAGAGUUUAUCGGGGUAAUGAAAUCGUGAGGGACAUCAAUUCAAAAUUUCCAAUCAAUAUCUUUUUCCACCAGGCAUGGCGGGUGAUAUUUGCAUAA